GAGGGGGCGGGAGGUGGCCUUGUCCGGUUCGUCGCCGCCGCCGGAGGCUGCACCUGCCCGGGAGGAGGAUGCCCAGGAGCUGGCCGGAGCCUCUCCGGAUCAGAACUUUGUAGGCUGCCCGCCCCCAUCCCCGCAGCCCCUGGGCCGCGCACCGGCAGGUGGGGGCCAAGGGGGCGCCGCCGCGAGUCCUCCUCCGGUCCCCCUCCCCACUUGGCUCCGCCGCCCGCCGCUUUGUUCCGGGCGCGCGUCGGGAAGGCGAGGCUGCGGCGGAUCAUGCCCAUGGUGUAGCCGCCAAGCGGAGGCAUGGCUGCCGGAAGGUUACUGCUCUACACGGGCCUCUCGCUAGCGCUCUGCGCCCUCGGCAUGCUGGCCGUGGCCAUCUGCUCGGACCACUGGUACGAGACGGACGCCAGGAAGCACAGGGACAGGUGCAAGGCCUUCAACACCCGCCGGGUCGACCCUGGCUUCAUUUACAACAACAACAACAACUUGCCGCUGCGGGCGAGCCGCUCGCGCCUGGACCGCUGGGAGGGCAAACUCCUCCGCGCGCGGAAUCGCCGGCAGCUCUUCGCCAUGAGCCCCGCCGACGAGUGCAGCCGGCAGUACAACUCCACCAACAUGGGCCUCUGGAGGAAGUGCCACCGGCAGGGCUUCGACCCCGAGAUCGCCGCGCUCAUUCGGAAAGGAGAGAUCGAGCGAUGCACAUACAUCAAAUACCACUACUCCUCGGCCAGCAUCCCCAGGAACCUCACUUUCAACAUCACGAAGACCAUCCGCCAGGAUGAGUGGCACGCCCUCCUGGAGCCCCAGAGCCAGAAGGAGCUGCCUGCGUGGGGCCCCACUUCAGAUAUGAUGGGCGUCUACACCUGGGCACUGGCUGUGCUACCACACAUGGCCGAAGGAGGCAUCCAGAUUCCAGAAGUCGAAGUACAGGGCGUGAGGGCCUUUGGGAGGGCUCUCAGCCACUACUUGGCCUCUGCCACUGUCACCACCUGCAUCUAA